AUGAGUUGUAAAAAUAGUAAAGUUAGUGCAACACAUCGAUCAAGAGAUCGACGUCUUAACUAUGAUGAUGAUGACGAUAACUAUAGCAAGAAUGACGUCAUAUUUUCACAGCAAACUAUAGAUGAUGAUGCUAUCAUUGCUAACCUAACUGGUGAAGAUGGUCAUAUUCCAAUUCUAGUUGCUGAUCCACAAGCAUUCAAUAAUUCAUCUGUUCAACAACAUCAAUAA